GUUCAUUCACUCAUCUCUUUGAAUCUUACGUUCGCUUCUAUCUAUCUGAUCUAUAAAACCGACUCUUUCUUUGCUCUUACCAACAAGCCAACAAAAAUGAAGACUAUUGCUCUAGCUCUCUCCAUUCUCUGCGCUGUUGCAACAGCUGCUCCUACUCCCACCAUGGGCCACGGCCUUGUCGAUGUCACUCCAGACAUCCAGGUCGAUAUUAGCCAUGUCGCCAGCAAUGACGAAAUCCUCAGUCCCCGAGGGGAGGCCAACCCUAUCGUUGACAUUCUCAAUGGAGGAAAGGUCAAGGUCGUCAAAAAUCUCGACGACAUUAAUGUUGCUAAGGGACUUGUGUCCGGCGCCAAUGGCCUGAAUGCUCGUAGCUUUGAAGUUGCCGAGAUCCUUGAGGAUGGCACCGCUGCAGUUGCUGGCAAUGGUAAGAACAUCCAUGUCGCUCGCGAAAAUGAAAUCAUUGAUGUUCUACACGAUGGCACUGCUAUUGUAGCAGGAAACGCUCAGAAUAUUCACGUCGCUCGUGGCGAAGUCGCCGAUAUUCUUCACGAUGGCACUGUUGUUGCCGCUGAUAAUGCCAAGAACAUCAAUGUCGCUCGCGACAAUGAAGUCACUGAUGUUCUUGAAGAGGGCACUGCUAUCGUCGCUGGCAAUGGAAAGAAUAUCCACUUUGCUCGUAAUGACAUUGUCGAUGUGCUUCAUAGUGGAAAGGCCAUUGUUGCUGGCAACGCCAAUGACAUUACUGCUGCUUAAGCUAUGAUAGAUUGCCAAUUCAGAUAGCUCCAAGUCUAUCAGGGAUUGAAUAAUCGCUCCAGUACUGUAUAAUUCAGAUUAAUAUAUCAAUGUAAUUAAUGUCUAUAUAAUUCAAC